AUGUUAAAUCUAAUAUUCUUAUUGCAGACUGGUGGUGGUCCUGCCGAUUAUAUACCUCCAGAUGACAAAUUAGACCGGGUGACCAGUCUAUUAGGAAGUACAGUCAGUGGGUUUACUGUGCCUUAUGGGGGUGAUAAGGAAAUGGCUUGGUUUGAUGUUUGUGGUGGUGCUGAUGGUAUAGUUGGAAUAAGUGGUGAUCUUGAAAAAAUUGGAAAUGUGACGGUGCAGACAGAACAAAUAGUUGAUACAAGUGAAACCACAAUCUCAACACCAUUAUCUAAUGAAAAAGGUAUUGAGACUGUGGCCGCUGACUAUCAAGUGUCGGAUCUAGUUGACCAAAAUUUAAUAACUUCUAAUAAAACCAAGAGGCUUACAUAUGGUACACCUAGAGCAGAGAAAAAGAAAUUUAAGCCAGAUGAGAACAGGACAGCCUGA